AUGGUGAUCGCGCUGAUAUGCGGUCUCCUGGUGGUCGUGCUGAUGGUCCUCGGCCUGGCGUCAGCCGACUGGCUCAUGGCGGCCGGUUGGCGGCAGGGGCUGUUCAUGCACUGCAUUGAUCCCGACGCGCCCACGCCGCUGCCCUUCGACAUCGUCGCGCAGCCCGGCUGCUACGCCGCGAGACCCGCUCCGUAUAUCAAGGCGGCGGCCGGGCUGUGCGUGGCCACGCUGGCGGCGGACGUGUGCGGCGCCCUCCUCACCGGCCUCGGGCUGCGCUCCGCCGACCACCGCACCAAGUUCCGAUACUACCGGUUCGCCGUUCUCGCCAUGGCGCUGGCGCUAAUGUGCAUAUUGAUAGCGCUGGUGAUCUACCCAGUUUGCUUCGCGGCAGAAUUGAACCUAGGCAAUAGGUCAGUGUGGGAGUUUGGCUGGGCGUACGGGGUCGGUUGGGGCGCGGCCAUCUUUCUUUUCGGGGCAGUCGUUUUGCUGCUAUGCGACAAGGAGAGCGAGGAGCUCUACUACAAGGAGCGAAAAAUGAAGCACUCGAUGGGGUCGCAAUUUAUGGUCUCUUCCGGCUAUCGGGGAAAGGUCAUAGUUACUGAUGCAACAAAAGUGAAA